GAAUGGCCACGCCGGCGGAGGUCGUGGUCUGGACGCCGAGGCCAAGGAACGUCUUGCGAGGAGUACCAGCGAAGGGAGCUGGAACAAAAGUAGGCCGCGGCCAGAAAGUUGCAGGAGCUGGAGCAAAAGUUGCAAGCAACGUUGCACGGAACUCGCCCGGUCAUGGCCCUGCAAGUAUCCUUGGAACAGCGCUGUCCUCGGAACGACGGCUGGUCUAUUGGCUUAAAAAUUUCGGUUCAUGCAAUCUUCGUCGAGGCUUCGUCGAAAAUUAACAGGCUUGCCGGGCGGUCACCAACCUGCAAGUGCCCUCGGAAAGAUGCUGGACGGAAUAGGCUCGACGUUCAUGGCCCGAUGCGUGGAUCAGACUCGGUGGACGGUCGCCGCCCUGCAACUGCCCUCGGAACGACGGAUAAAAUGCUGCACGAACUAGUCCAGAUCCAGAUCAACCGGAGCUCGUCCUCAUGUGCCUGGAGCUGUCCCUCGAAGACUGUUCGACCGGUGAAUUGAUGCUUGUAAGAUUCAAUUAGCUUAUUGAUUAAGUUUUUUUUAAAUAAACAAAUAA